GAACAUGAGCUUCGGAAUCAAGGUUUGUUGACUACGCUUUUUACAUUGAAUCUAAUGUCUUAUCUGACCUUACUUGUUUUUGACCUGGUUGCUGUUUAUUGUAUAUCGCAGAUGGAUUACUGGAAAUCUCAUCGUACACUUAUAGUUGCUAGAGAUCUCGUAAUGGGUUCAUCGGAGAAUGGAUAUGAGGAGUUACCUUCUUACCUGCACAAGAUUAGAAUGGCAAAUCCUGGGACCUUAGCUCGACUGGAAGUUGAUGCAAACAAUAGAUUUAAGUACUUAUUCCUUGCAUUCAGCGCUAGCAUUACUGGCUUCCCAUUUAUGAGAAAGGUUGUGGUGGUUGAUGGUACUUUCUUGCAAGGAAAAUACAAAGGAACGCUUCUCAUUGCAACAUCACAGGAUGGUAAUUUUCAGAUAUUUCCGAUAGCAUUUGCUGUGGUUGACACAGAGAAUGAUGAAUCAUGGACAUGGUUCUUCCGUCAACUCAGCCGUGUGAUACCCGAUGAUGAAGGAUUGGCAUUAAUUUCUGACAGGCACAAGUCAAUAAGGAAGGCAAUUUCAGUGGUCUAUCUGUUGGCUAGCACGGGAAUUUGCACGUACCACUUAUAUAAGAACAUCUUAUUACGGUAUAGAGGACGUGAUCUGUUUGGUUUGGUCAAAAAAGCUGCGUACUCUUUUAGGUUAGCUGACUUUGAAGCAAGCUUCGAGGCGAUUAAAGGGUUAAAUCCAGAUUUACAUGCAUAUUUGGAACGUGCUGAUGUGUGUAAGUGGGCUCGAGCGCAUUUUAGAGGUGAUAGAUAUAACAUCCUUACAAGUAACAUAGCUGAAUCCAUAAACAGAGCUUUGUCAGAUGUGAGAAGCUUGCCAAUUGUUCGCCUUUUAGAGUCUAUCCGAUUAAUGAUGACACGUUGGUUUGCAACAAGAAAACAUGAUGCUGACUUGAUGAAAACUUCUCUGACUCGUGGUGUGGAGAAGUUGUUGGAGGGCCGUAUACCUAUUGCUAAUCUAUUAAAGGUUCAAGCUAUCGACAUUCAUCAGUCACAAGUGAUGGGAGUCUCAUCUUUACAUGUUGUAAACCUUACAGAAAAAACAUGUUCUUGCCGUAGAUUUGAUUUGGAGAAGCUACCAUGUGCUCAUGCUAUAGCUGCUGCGGAAGCUAGAAAGAUAUCACGGAUAUGACUUUGUCACAAGUACUAUCGGACGCAGUACCUUUACAAUGCAUAUUUCACUCCUGUUAUGCCCAAUGCAGCUGAUGUUCCAAUUCCAGAAGAAGUUGCAAAGAGGAUCUGUUUGCCGCCUGAUGUCCGCCAACCACCGGGAAGACCCAAAAAAUCAAGACAUAAAUCUAUUUUGGAGAAAGUUGCAGACAAGAAGCGGCCAAGGAAGGAACACACAUGUAGAAUUUGUAACCAUGUGGGACACAAUUCUACAAAGGCCGGCAUGCCUCUUUCAUCUCCUUAUCACUCACAUGUGUGCAAAUACUAUCAUAAACAUGAAUUUUCCCCUUAAGCAGCUCGAUGCGUAGAGCAACCCAGUGAUCUCCAUUAACAUGGUGGCAGAGGAAAAGAUCGUCGACGUCUGCAAUCCACUUAUUACCUGUGACAAAAUCAGCCGGGUGUUCUCCAUUAAAAGCCUUGAUGUACAUUUCUGACAACUCAGUGUUCUGGUCCCAGCUCUUGUAGUCGUUCACCCAUGAGUUCACAAACCAGUGAGACAGAAAUGCAAUUCGAGAAGAGGAAUACGGAGACUGUUCUUGCCUGGACCGUCUGUGAAACAUAAGCAUUGCUGCUGCAAUGUGCUAAGACAAGAAACAAUUUACAGUCAGCAACCAGCCGUAGAGAUUAAAAAUCAGAAAUUAAACUUACGGAGUCAUUCAACCAGCCGUAGUCUUUUUUUGGCCAAUCAUCCCUAGGUAUCAAUAACUUCAAGAAAAAUCCAGCACUUUCAUCUCCAACACCAGGCUCCUUUGCUUCCCUACAAACAAGAAAAAUAAAUUAUUAGACUAUCGAAAUAAGAAGCAAGGAUGUACAAGAGGAAACUUACAAAUCAGAGUUGAUGAAAUCCAAAACUUUCUGCAGUUUCUCUGCCUCCACCUUAGCUAAUGGGUCAUAAGGUUCCUUGGAGACUUUCUCACCACUUAUAAUACGCUUCACUGUUGAAUUUCCAACAAACGGCCAAACUUGAGUCUUUGUCAACUGAGGCUUGCGUCUGCGUGUAGGCUCCUUCAAAUUUGACGCAAGUGCUUCCAACACCGCCCUACAUUUUACACUCUUCUCCCACUGUAGAUGAUUUUCCAAAUCUUUUGAAGAUAUGGAUUCAUCAUUUAGCUGUGGGAUCUCGAAGGCCUUCUCUUGCUUAACUCUUCUUGGUGGAAUUCCAGCUUUCUUCUCAGUCUUUAUCACCACUUCAGUCGUAAGAUUUUGUGUGCUAUCCGUCGUCUUCUUAUCUUUUUUCUCCUUCUUCACAACACAAUCAACUGGCAGUCCAUCUUGUGAAUUGAUCUUCUUCUGAACAAUCCAUGACUGAGUAAUAGACGGUGAGAAUUGGUAUACAAUUUUAAAAAAAAUUACAAGAACAAAUGAUAAAGAAUUGUACCAAGUCAUUGCUACAAGCACCAUCUUCCUCAUCCUCAUACGCUUUGGAGGUGGUGACAUCAGGAGCAAUGUUCACAUCAGCGUUGUUUUUACUAACAUUUAUUUGUGCCUCCAAUUUUGCAAUCUGAUUCCGUAAGUCAGACUCAUAUGCUCGCACUCUUGCUUCCACCUUAGAGUCAAUAGUAGCAUCUAAUGCUUUAGUAACCUUGUCAGCUACACUAUCAUCGAUGCCUUCCAUUUUCGCAGUGAGGAUUUUAACCAACUCAGCUAACCCACUUAUGGCAACGUUGUGAGCUGCAGCCUUCAUAUGCAUAGGCAAAACAAAACCAUGUCAUUAACAAAAUAAAUAUAAAAAAAAAGACAUUUUUCUAUUACUAACUACAAGAACAUUUUGUACAUACCAUAUCAGACGCUUCACUUCCAUCAGCAGGUUCUUUGUCUUUUCUUCGCAUAGUAGAAGGCCUCUGGUUUGGAACAACAGAUGCGACAACACCAUUUUUUCUCUUCUGGCAUUUGGUAGUGGGCACUGCAUCCCAAAACUUCUCAUUUAGCUGACCAUUAAGGAUGUCUUUUAUCAUGUUGUCCAGAUCAGUAUAGAUUUUAUCAUUGUCCCACUUCGGAUAUAUAUCCUCCACUGGCUUCAUAAUCAUAUGCCUCACACGAACCUGCAAAGUAAUAUACAAGAUUAGUAAGACACAAAAUUUAAAUGGAAGAAAUACUACUUGUGUUUAUACCUUUGGAUAUUUUCUCUUUUCUUGGGCACAAAAAUCUGAGAAAUUUAUACGCGUACGAGAUCCCCUCCAUGAC